UGACAAUUGAUUGGCCUUCCCAUUCAAACUUCGAAACAAUAUCCUUCUCAUCUUCCCCGCUAUCUCUCACUUUCCUUCUUCUGGAAUUUUCCAUUUCCCAUCCCCCCAAAUUCCCAAUCUCCCUCUCUCAUCGAAGAACACGAAGAUGAGCAAUCAACAACAACAGCCGUCCGAUCAAUCCCACACCGACAAAACCCCCAACACCGAUCCACCACCGACGCACAAUUCCCCACCGGCGCACAAUUCCCCACAUUCCUCCGACUACGCUUCUUACCCCAAGCUCCAACCAGACGACGUCGUUCCUCCCCCCCAGUCCGAGACGUGGACCUCCGUCUCCAUCUCUCCGCAACCCCAGUCGCCGCCGCAACCGCCCUCCGCUCCGCCUCCUCCUCCGCCGCCCCACGCCGAACAGCGGGCUCCGAUCGACGGCGACGCCGCCACUUCGAUGCCGCACGAGUCCAACCCCUACGUCACCCUUCCCGCCCCGCCGCCGCCUUCAUCCACCAAGAAUAAGAUGGAUUCGGUGAAAGAUGUUCUCGGGAAGUGGGGGAAGAAGGCGGCGGAAGCCACCAAGAAGGCCGAGGAUCUUGCUGGGAACAUGUGGCAACACUUGAAAACGGGUCCUAGUUUUGCUGAUGCUGCUGUCGGAAGAAUAGCUCAGGGAACAAAGGUACUUGCAGAAGGCGGUUAUGAGAAAAUCUUUCGACAAAAUUUUGAGACUGUCCCUGAGGAGCAACUUCAGAAAACAUAUGCAUGCUACCUAUCCACAUCUGCUGGUCCAGUAAUGGGAAUUUUAUAUUUGUCAACUGCAAAGGUUGCAUUUUGCAGUGACAGCCCACUUUCGUACAAAGUUGGUGAUCAGACUGAGUGGAGCUAUUACAAGGUGGUUAUUCCAUUUCAUCAGCUUAUGGCUGUGAAAUCAUCAACAAGCAAAGCCAAUGCAGCUGAAAAGUACAUACAGGUUAUUUCUGUCGAUAACCAUGAAUUUUGGUUUAUGGGCUUCGUACAUUAUGACAGUGCCGUAAAAAAUCUUAAAGGAGCGUUGCAGCCCCGCAGUGCGUGAUGGGGCGUUGGACGAAACUUUUGGGUAUGUCAUGGAAAAAAGUACAUCAUGUUGAUUUAAGUUUGUUGUUGGAUACGUAUUCGUGCUUUUAACACAAUAUGCUUUUACUUUGUUCUGGUUUGUGAAUCCACUGUAAUAUACUUUGCACUGGAUCGCAUAGAUCUUAUAUUGAUUCGUACUAUUGUGGUAUUGGAGAUGAUAGGAAGCAACAUACAAAAGUUGUAAAUGACAUUUGUGAUUUGGUACAUAUAUUUCAUUCUUAUUUGGUAA